AUACAGUAUUGCGUCCCAGGGAGGUCCAGGAGAAGGUGGUAAACCUGUGGUGAUUUCUAAAGAGAACCAGGAGAAGAUGAAGGAGAUGUUUAAGAUCAACCAGUUUAACCUGAUGGCCUCGGAGAUGAUCGCAUUCAACAGAACCCUGCCUGAUGUCCGCCUGGAGGGCUGUAAGAAUAAGCUGUAUCCAGACGAUCUGCCUCGUACCAGUGUAGUGAUCGUGUUCCACAAUGAGGCCUGGUCCACUCUGCUGCGGACCGUCCGCUCUGUCAUCGACCGCUCCCCCAAGUCUCUGCUGGAGGAGGUGGUACUGGUGGACGAUGCUAGUGAGAGAGACUUCCUGAAGCGGCCGUUAGAGCAGUAUGUCAGGAGGAUGGAGGUUCCAGUCAGAGUGGUGAGGAUGGAACAGAGAUCUGGACUGAUCAGAGCUCGACUGAAAGGAGCCUCACUCUCCACCGGACAGGUGAUCACGUUUCUAGAUGCUCACUGUGAAUGCACCAUUGGCUGGCUGGAACCUCUACUGGCCCGCAUCAAACUAGACAGGUAUGUUACACACCCACAG